AUGAACAUUGAAAAAAAAUUAAAAAUAAAAAAUGAGUUGACAACGGAAUUAGAAAAUAACAAAAAACGGAUUGAUUCAAUAGAUCAAUAUAAAAGAGAUGUUAAAAUAGAACACACAUACAAUCAGAAACUUUUAACGGCUUAUGUCGCUCAAUACGAAGCUGAGAAUCAUUACGAGAAGUUAUCUGAACACAAUGAGGCAUCUAUUGAAAAAGAACUUUGUACACUUGAGAAGGAAAAAAAAGAAACGGGUGAGCGCAUUGCCGGGAUGAAAAAAGAAAUCAAAAGGCUGAAAGAGAGUCUCGAUAUUUCUAAAGAUAUUGUGUCAUUGAACAAAACUAAAAUUUUACAAUUGGAAGAAAUAUUAAGUCGGGAUGAAGAAAAUGAACUGUUGUUGAAAAAAGUUGCCAAAUUUGAUAUGAAAGAGUUUAAAAAACUCGAUCUCAAGAGGCAGAAAUUGGUAAGUGAGCUGGAGGUGUACAGGCGGUCGGUUGUGAGAAUGAUCGAUAAAAUUUACGAAAAGGAAGUCGUGUUGGAGAGAACGGCCAAAUUUUAUACCCAAGCGUUAGAUUCAAGGAGGCAAUUGAUUGAGAGGUGGACCCAAAGUGUUUUAAUUUUACGGCAACGCGACAAUGAUAUUCAGAAAAUUCUUAAAGAAAUUGAAACUCUCAGAUCUGCGGGUGUCGAAAAAUUGACAACAUUUAAUCAGUCUGAAGAAUUUUUAGAAACUCAGGUUAAUUGUAAUCGACUUCUGGAGUACGAAAUUAAGCAAGUAGAGAAAAUUGUAGCGCGUGCUAGAGAAAGGAGAAUGAAACUUGAUGAAGAUGUUGACAUGCUUAAUCUGGAGUUCAAAACUAAGAAGAGAAUUUUUAAUGAACUGGAACAGGAGAUUAAAAAUUUGAGAAUUGAUAUUAAGGGGUUGAGAGGGAGUAUUAUGAAUAAGAAAAGACAAAUCCAUGAUUCGGCUCAGAGAAUUAAUGAUAUGAAGUCUAGUUUGACUGAAGUUAAUACUCAGAGCGUUAAUGUGGAAGAAAGAACGAAGCAACUUGAAGAAAUGAUUGAGAAAGAAGAAAAGCGAAAAUUGUCUAUUACAAGUGAAAUAAAACGGUUUCAAGGCUUGGUUCUGAAGACAAUGAGCAAAAUAAGUCGUUUAGAAGCCGACGGAAAAACUAUUGAAUUGCAAGAACAGGGAGAAUUAAAGAAAAUCGAACAAUUGACAGCGUGUCAAGUCAAAGAGAAGAAACAAUUGGAGGAAAAAAAAGAGGCUGCUUACAAACUCGAUAUCUUGCUUCAGAAUCUUAAGAUUCGCCUUGGUAAAAAUAAUACAGCGGUGGAUAAAGUGGAGUUUGAACGAAAGCAAAAUGUUAUUGAGGGAUUACAGGAAACGUUGAAUGAUAGAAAAGAAAUAGCCAAGUUGCUGUAUGGUCAGAUGAUUAAGCUUGAAAAUGAAAUAAAAAAAGUUCAGGGUGCAUUGGAGAUAGAUCGGGAGAAAAUUGAACGAGUGAAAAUAAAGAAACAGAAUCUUGAAUUAUUAAUGCAAGGUGGUGAGAAGCAAUUAAAAGUCUCGGUGCGUGUUAAUGAAGAAAAACAAGUAGCUGAGAAUAUUAUGGAGCUGCGGGUUACUCAAGCGGAGGAAUUGAUGCAAAGCACUGGAAAUCGGGUUAAUAAUUUGGAACAAUGUCAUGUAAAAAUUUGCGCUGCAAUGAAGGAAAGGAUGACAGAGCUGAAAAUAUUGAGAGAAGCAUUGAAUUUAAAAAAUAAAGUCGCUUUGACUGAAUGUUCUGAACUGAGGUCUUUAAUUAAUGAGAAACAAUAUCAAACUUUGCAUCUACAGUCGCGCUAUGACAAUAUCAUGGCUACGUCUAAUGUUGAUGGGACAGAUGGUUUUUUACCUGCGACGACUUAUUUGAAGAUACAGAAUGCUCAGUAUAAGUAUGAGCUACAAGAGCAAGGCGAUAAGUUAGACGCAACUAUCCGGAAAACUGAGCAAGAAAUUAAAAGUAUGGAGAAUACUUUGAAGGUUGUCAAUGCUUGUAAUGACAAGUAUAAAAUGUCAUUGGGGCCUGUUGAAGAUGAUAGAUCUAAGCAGACGAUCCAGAGUGAAAUCGAUCAACAAAUGUGCCUGGUUGCGGAAAAAUUGAGGAAGAAAAAAUCUCAGUUGAAUCUGAUGAAAAAUGAACUCACGCUGACACAAGAAAAUCAUAAAAAAAUACUGGAUGAUCUAAAACAAAUCAAAGAAGAAAAGGAAGGAAGGCUUGAGACAGUUGCGAUAAUAGAAAAACAAACGAAUGAUCAAAAAGGCCGCUUAAGUAGAGCUGAUAUGAGGUUGAAGAAAUUGUAUAAAGAUAUUCAAAAGUUGUGCGAGUGUGCCAAUGAUGACAUUAUCAUUUUACAAGAAAAAGACAUCUCUACAAGAGAAAUAGAAGAACAGAACCUCCUUGGCCUACAACGCAUCACUGAGUUUACUAUUCGUCACGUAGAAGCUGAAGUGUAUGUUAAAAAAUUGAUAGCAGCUAAAAAUAUUGUUUUACCUUGCGCUCAGCAUAUUAAAUCAUCUCCAGCGCCGAGUCUAUGCAACAGUAGUCGAAGUUCUUUAUCUUUUAAUCAAAGUAAAAAAUGUCAGCGAAUUAAAGUUUCGCGAACGUAA